UCACCUGAACAGAUUGGUGUUGCUCAAGGGACCAAACGCGAACUUGGAUCAGCCGCUGAACCUGACCUAAAUGCGGUCCGACAAGCUCAGAAGCCGCCCAUAGAAAGUACCAAAACUGCAAAGAACUUUUGUUAAAAGACAAGUUGUGGAGGUAUGUUGAUCAUCUUUUAUUUCCUGAAAACUCCAAACACUGGUGACAUGGUUGAAUGAAAGCAAUAUAUGUUGUUGUUCUUGGCGAAAAAUGUUUUAUUACAGCAAAUUGUUUGACCAUUUUCAACGAGAAAAACAGGAUAUUGAAAACAAACCUUUUAGUAUUUAAUAAUUUGACAAUUAUGCAAAAUGUAAACCCAAAUUCCCUUUGACUCCACCAAACAACAUCACAAGGAAGGACUGUAUAUCUGGCUAUUGACAAGUGCAGGCAAGCUUAUGUUCUGAUGUGUGCAGGGUUUUUAAUAUCAAGAAAAUACUAUGCAAUAUUAAAACGAGCAGUGUUACAUACUAGUCACUCACAGAGUAGUUUAAAACUGCGAAAUAAUGUAAAUUCUCUCACUCACAAAUUUGAUUAUAUAUUUCCUUGGGAAACUUGGUUGUCGAGUAAGUAAAAACUGUGAUGGGGGGAACAGUAUUUGUUAUACCUAAUCCUAAUACUUUGAAUAAAAUCAGUGAAUUGAACUUUUUCCUUGAUCACAUUGUCAUAUGGAGGUUUUAUCAGUAUAUGCUGCUUUAAAACCGCAUCCAAAUUAGAAAGCAAGGGUUGAUUGAAAUGACGUUUUCACCCUAUCAAAAAUAAUUUGUGAACCGUAAAAUUGAUUGAAAUAAACCUGUGCUUUAUCUAUACAUUUUAUUCCCGUUUUAUAAACUUUGAACCUUACUUUUCUACAUUAAUUACAGAUGUUGCAGGAAGCAUCUUCUGCUAAAGACGUUGACAUCGAACCAGCACAUGCUAAAUCUCCAUCUUUGGUAUGUCUGUAGUAUUUGAGGGUUGCAGACAGAGCCAGUUCCAGGAUCUGGUGUCCUGGGCAACAGCAAAUGGCGCUUCCUGUGAUGGGAUCCGAAUUGCUAACUUUGGAACAGAAGGUUAUGGUCUUCAAGCUUCAAGAGAUAUAAAGGCAGAAGAACUGUUCUUGUGCAUUCCAAGGAAGAUGCUCAUGACCUUGGAAUCCGCACAGAAUUCUGUCCUGGGACCUCUCCUCCAACAGGACCGGAUUCUUACGGCUAUGGGCAAUGUGUCACUCGCCUUCCAUCUGCUUUGUGAACGGGCCAAUCCUGCAUCAAUGUGGUUGCCAUAUAUCCGCAGUCUUCCUCAGGAAUACAGUAUCCCACUGUACUACCAACCGGAAGAGGUGCAGCUGCUUUUGGGAACACAAGCGAUUCAGGAUGUCCUUAGCCAGUUUAAAAACACAGCCCGCCAGUAUGCCUACUUCUUCAAACUGUUACAGACUCAUCCUGCUGCCGGUGUUCUUCCAUUGAAGGACCGCUUCACAUUUGAUGACUAUAGGUGGGCUGUGUCUUCAGUCAUGACCCGUCAGAACCAAAUCCCUACUGAGGAUGGGACCCAACUCACACAUGCCCUCAUUCCUCUUUGGGACAUGUGUAACCACACAAAUGGACUGAUCACGACUGGCUACAACUUGGAGGAUGACCGUUGUGAGUGUGUGGCACUGCGAAAUUACAAGGAGAAUGAGCAGAUUUAUAUUUUUUAUGGCACAAGAUCCAAUGCCGACUUUUUCGUCCAUAACGGCUUCUUCUUCCAAGACAACAUCCACGACCGGGUGAAGAUCAAGCUGGGCAUCAGUAAAAGUGAGAGGCUUUACACCAUGAAAGCAGAGGUGCUUGCACGUGCUGGUAUCCCAGUGUCUUGUGUCUUUGCGCUGCAUGGCAAUGAAUCCCCUGUUUCAUCACAGCUGCUUGCUUUUUUGAGAGUUUUCUGCAUGACAGAGGAAGAACUGAAAAACUAUAUUGGGGGAGACUCCAUCAAUAAGAUAUUAAACCUGAGCAACGUUGAUUACCCAGUUAGCUGGGGGAAUGAAAUCAAACUGUGGACUUUUCUGGAGACCAGAGUCACGCUGCUGCUCAAGAACUAUAAGACUACAUCUGAGGUGGACAGUAACCUGUUACAGCAACCUGAUCUAUCGCCUCAUGCUCGUGUGGCAGUCCAGCUCCGGCUAGCUGAAAAGCAGAUCCUGCUGAAAUCACUGGCAAUUGGACAAGCUAAACUUGUGGUCUUAAAAAAAAAGUGACAGAGCGCACCCUUUUGCCUUGCUGUGACAACAGUGGCAUGGUUUGAUGUGAGACUACUACUUGCAAAGCUUCAAUCAUGUUACAUAAAGUGGAGAAGUUUCGGGAGGGGAAGGAGUUUGAGCUGGUGAAGCACUGUUUCUCCAAGUGGAGAGUUUCUGAGCAUGAUGGAGAUAAAAGCUAAUAGUACAAGAAUAGAGAUUUUGACAAGCAAUAAUGAUGAUUCAGUGAACAGUUUGUGACCCAAGAUGACAAUAAAAAAAUGAACAAGGA